GAGUCCAACUAGUGGCGGAUGUCACGACUUCCGUCCUGUGAUAGACAGCCUUCGCGCCAUCCAGGCGCAGACGCACCCGAGCUCGGCCCAGAUCUCUCUGGGGGACGAGUCCAACCGACAAGAGAGAAGGUUUCUGCCGUUGCAGCAGGUCCGCAGCAAGGGGCUGGCGAUGGAGCGCCAGCUCUCGACCGGUUCUAUCUCGAGUCUCAUUGGUUGGUCCAGCGACAAGCGGCCCAAUGCGCGGAGGUUCUCUGUCGGAGGCUUCGACUGA